GUCCCUGUGUCCAUUUCCCUGUCCCUGCUGGUCACUCCCUAGGAUCCUGUUGACCCCGCUGGUCACUCCCUGUCCCUCCCCAGGAUCCUGCUGACGGUGGUGGUCACCCCCUGACCUCCCUGUCCCCGCUGGUCACUCCCUGUCCCCGCUGACCCCGCUGGUCACUCCUGUGUUCCCCUCCCCAGGAUCCUGCUGACCGUGGUGGUCAUUCCCUGUCCCUGUGUCCAUUUCCCUGACCCCGCUGGUCACUCCCUGUCCCUCCCCAGGAUCCUGCUGACGGUGGUGGUCAUUUUCCGCAUCCUGAUCGUGGCCAUCGUGGGCGAGACGGUCUACGAGGACGAGCAGACCAUGUUCAUGUGCAACACGCUGCAGCCGGGCUGCAACCAGGCGUGCUACGACAAGGCGUUCCCCAUCUCCCACAUCCGCUACUGGGUGUUCCAGAUCAUCCUGGUGUGCACGCCCAGCCUCUGCUUCAUCACCUACUCGGUGCACCAGGCGGCCAAGCAGCGCGAGCGCCGCUGCUCCUUCCUGCAGCCGCUGCUGGAGCCGCGCCGGCCCAAGGCCAACGGCGCGCCGGCCGCCGAGCCCGCGGCCAAGGACGAGCCCGAGCCGGGCGGGAAGGCGCAGCGCGGCGCCAGGGGCAGGCGGCACGAGGGCAUCUCCAGGUUCUACGUCAUCCAGGUGGUGUUCAGGAACGCCCUGGAGAUCGGUUUCCUGGGCGGGCAGUACUUCCUCUACGGCUUCAACGUGCCGGCCAUCUUCGAGUGCGACCGCUACCCGUGCGUCAAGGAGGUGGAGUGCUACGUGUCGCGGCCCACCGAGAAGAGCGUCUUCCUGGUCUUCAUGUUCGCCGUGUCGGGCGUCUGCGUGCUGCUCAACCUGGCCGAGCUCAACCACCUGGGCUGGCGCAAGGUGCGCGCCGCCGUGCGCGGGGCCCGCGCGCGCCGCAAGAGCCUGAGCGACGCGCGGCGCAAGGAGACGGCGACUGCGGCGGCCGCGGCGGCGCCGGCGCUGGGCAGGACGCAGAGCAGCGAGUCGGCCUACGUGUGAUGGGAUUGGGGUG